ACAACGACAUCGUUUCACAAAGUAACGAACGAGCACAGUUUAGAAAUCAUUUCCUCCAGAGAGAGAAACGAAAGGAAGAAGAAGAAGGAGGAGGAGGAGCAGGAGGCAAAUCCGCAUAGAGAGAAAGAGAGAGUUUCACUUGUUUGCAUCAAAUCAAUGGAUGAACUAUUCGUAGCGAUACUAUCGAUGCUUCUCGUGGCAGCACUAAUCCCACUCUAUCUAUGGAAACGCCAUCACGAUUCACGAUCCUCUUCUUCCAACGAAGAACCUCACCAGGCUCCGCAGAGAGAAACCGUGGUUCGCGCCACCGCUACUCGCCGCAUGCGUCGGAGACCGGCUGCAUCUGGAGCUAGCACUUCGUCGGCUCCGUCUGCAACGCAACAAGAGUCUGCGGAUGAAAGUGACAAUGAAGCUGGUGGUGAUGAGUCCUAUGAAGCCAAAGCAUCAAGGAAAAAGGAAAUGAAAAGGCAAGAGAGGGAAGCUCGGCGACAGGCUGAAGAAGCAUCACGAGAGUCAAGACAGUCAAAACAUGACCGUUAUUCAGAAAUGCGGAGGUUGAAGGAUGAAGAGCGUGAGGCACAGGAGCGUAUGUUGGAAGAGGAAGCCAAGGCUCAGAAGGCUAAGGAAGAGGAAGCUGCUGCGUUAGAGUUUGAGAAGUGGAAAGGCGAAUUUUCAAUAGAUGAUGAAGGUACCCUUGAAGAGGAGCAGGAUAAAACUGAAGACUUGCUUGCCAAUUUUGUUGAAUAUAUAAAGAAGCACAAAUGUGUGCCCUUAGAAGAUCUUGCUGCAGAAUUUAAAUUGCGUACACAGGAAUGUAUCAAUCGCAUCACAUCUCUGGAAAGUAUGGGUCGGCUUUCGGGUGUCAUGGAUGAUAGGGGGAAAUUUAUUUACAUCUCACCAGAAGAGAUGAAAGCUGUUGCUGAUUAUAUUAAGCGGCAAGGGAGGGUUAGCAUUUCCCAUUUAGCUAGUAAAUCAAACCAGUUCAUUGAUUUAGAGCCAAAGACUCAUUAUACUGAGGACAUAAGUAACAUGGAGGAGAUAACUGUCAACUGACAUGUUUUUUGGCUUAUGGGUGGAGGAAAAUCAUGUGAUAUAUGUACAUAAGAAAAAGAAUGCACUGAUCUGGCCUGAAUAGGAUUUGGUACAUGGCUUUGAGCAGCGUUAGCAUAUUACCCCAAUUUCAAAAUUUUCCUGCACAAUUUUCUGCUAAAAAGUGUACUUACUGUAUUAAAGAGAACGUAUUAAUUCAAAAGACAAUUUUAGAAAGUUAUUUCGUAUUUUUGGCUUCCUCAACAAUCUGAAACAAGAGACAGAUGGAAGCAAGAGCAUGUUAAACAAGAGACCAAUUCAAGCUUCAGCUCUUAGCCUGAAUGCUUGGUAGAGAGUCGCCUUUUCAUAGCAAGAUGUAGUGUGCAAUGAUAAUGCCUUAUAACUUUUCUCUUCUUUUUAACUUGAUAUUGGUUCCAGUCUUUUAAA